AUGAACAGCGGCGAAGUGGCUAAUCACGGCGACGGCGACGGCGACGACGACAUUGUCGACCCCCUCCUCGCGAUCCUCUUACCUCGACAGGACGACGGCGGCGGCGGCGAAGAAGAGGAGGAGGAAGAAGACGGUCCCGCGGAAACCGACCAGCUGGAGCACCACCGCCUCCGGUCAGUCAACGCCACCAUCGCCAUCCGCCAGCUUCCUUCCCGGGGCCUCUCCUUCCAGCUCUGGCCGGCCGCCACCGCCCUCCUGAAGCUCCUCGACGCCCACGUCUCCGACCCCGCCGCGGGCCCCCUCUCCCCGAUCCUCGCCGACCCCCGCCGCCGCCCCCGCCCCUGCAAGCGGCGGCUCAGCGUCCUCGAGCUCGGCUCCGGGACCGGCCUCGUCGGGAUCGCCGCCGCGGUCGCGCUCGGCGCCGACGUCACCGUCACCGACCUCCCGCACGUGGUCCCGAACCUCCAGUUCAGCGUCGACGCGAACGCGGCGGCCCUGGCGGCGGGCGCCGGCGGCGGAGGAGGGGGAGGAGGGGCGGUCCGCGUGGCGCCGCUCAGGUGGGGGGAGGCGGAGGACGUCGGGGCUCUGGGGGAGGAGUACGACGUGAUCCUGGCGUCGGACGUGGUGUACUACGAUCACCUGUACGACCCGCUGCUGGAGACGCUGCGGUGGCUGUUCGAAAGGAGCGAGAGGAGGGAGGAGAUGGUGUUCGUGAUGGCUCACCUGAGGAGGUGGAAGAAGGACUCGGCCUUCUUCCGGAAGGCGAGGAAGGCGUUCGACGUGGAGGCCAUUCACGCGGACGAGCCGCGCGACGGGUCGAGGGUCGGGGUCGCCGUCUACCGUUUCGAUUGGAAGAGGAAAAGGACCGCGAAACGCGCGGCUCCGUCGGACACCGUCUCAGCUGAUCUAACCGCGCAUUCGAUAUGAGAUUUUGAUUGUUCGAAUUGAGAGUUCGACGCUAGAAGAGUGCGUUGCAAGAGAAAUGCCAUUGGCUUUCACCGUUACUUUCUUCUAGGCAUUGCUCGACCUCACAUUUUCGAUUUUACAUUGAUGAAGGCGUGAUCGCAGCCGUGAUCGGUUUUCGAUCGGGCAUUGCGAUUGAUCGGUUUCGUGACGUUAGAACAUUGAGCCGCGCCCUCCCCGCCGACAGAAUUACUUAGACUGAAAUUAAUCACAUUUGUAUCCUUCAAGAGAACUCAAUAGAUAUUAUAUAUAUCAUGAACAUAUGUUCAUUGUUCAUGAUGACAUUUCUUUA